AUAUAUGGGUUGUGUUAUAAUAAAGAACAAGAACGUUCUAUUCUAUGUUGAUUUGAUCAGGUCAUGCGUGAUGGGAUGACGCAUGACCAACAUGUAAUGAGAAGUGUUAACGAGAUUUUGUACAGUGUAGAGAGUCCAGAAAUAAAGAUAUAGAAAACGCUCCAGAGUUUAAUUAAUAUUACUCAUAAUAUAUAAUAUAUUAUAAAGUGAACAUCUUACAUGGUGUCAGGUGUUAAACCAAUAAUAAUAUACAUAAUUUUGUCAUAAGAUUGCCGAGAUAUGGAAGGAUUUAGAAUUCCUCCCACGAUGGACUUCAACGGGAACACGUGCCAUAACUGGUCUAUAUGGGAACAAAAAUUUGAUAUCUAUAUGCUGGCUGCUGUAGAUACCACCGAUAUAAAGGAACAAAAGAAAGUGGCUAUCUUUCUAAAUCUGAUUGGUGAGCAAGGCGUUGAAAUAUUUAACACUUUGAAUCUGAAAUUGGAAUUAUCGACCUUGAAAGACGUUAAGGCGGCAUUCCAGAAAUACUGCGAUCCGAAGAAGAAUAUUAUUUUCGAUCGAUACAAAUUUCUCUCCUGCAAUCAAAAAGAAGGCCAAAGUAUUUCGAACUAUAUUACCGAAAUCAAAACUUUAGUCAAAGUUUGUGAAUACCAGGAUGAAGAUGAAAUGAUUAGGGACAAGAUAAUCUUGGGAAUAAAGGACAACAACCUACGUGAGAAGUUGCUCCAGUAUGAAAACCUUUCAUUAAAGAAAACUGAGGAAAUUUGCAACGUCACAGAAGUUAGCCGGAAACAGGCAGAGGCGAUGAUCAAGGAAGAGAAGACUCCGGAGGUAGACACGAUAAAUAGGAAACCGAGAAAUAAGAUAAGUGAAUUUUCUAACGUAAACAGUAAUAACCUAAAAAUUUGUAACAAAUGUGGUUUAAAGCACUUUAAGUUCAAAUGUCCAGCAUUUGGAAAAAUCUGUGCAUAUUGUAAAAAACCAAAUCACUUUGCAUCUUGUUGCUUUUCAAAAAGAACUCGUAAAAAUGUGAAGAAUAAAUUCGAAGUUGAGACUACAUCAUUUCAUGAAGAUGAUGUUAAUGAUGAUUUUUUUAUUGAUAGCUUGGAAAGUAGUCAGUUAAAUUCUGGUAAAAGUAAGAAUGCAUUGUUUGAAAAUGUUAAGAUAAAUAAUAAUGAUGUUUUGUUUAAAUUAGAUUCUGGUGCUGAAUGCAACAUCAUCCCAACUAAGGUUUACUUCCACUUAGGUUCAGUAGAAGAAUUAUCGAGUGCAAGGGUAACACUGAUGGCCUUUGGCAGAAAAAUGGUCAAGGUAAAUUUCCUGGUAAACCAUGCCACUUAAAGCUUAAGGAAAAUGUAAUUCCUGUUGUUCACUGUGCUCGAAGAAUUCCAAAGAAACUGUUAGCUGAGCUCAAG